AUGAGUGCUCUUCUAUUCCUGACACAGCUGUUGAGUCUUCUUCCGACCUUUCAUGAGUUCACCUCGUACUGUUACCCUCACCUUUGCCUCAACGAUCUGAACAGCGGAUCGGCGCUUGUCUCAAACUCUCACAAGUUCGCACAUGAUUCGAGAAGUACUUUCCGGCCCAAUAUGUCUGUCGACACUUGGCGACUCCCGUACCUGACUACUGGCGCAGACGACAUGCAUAUUCGGCCCGCCUUCUCGAAGCAACAGUUCAAGCCCGGUAUCGUUCCUAUCUCCCUUCGAGGGUCAGUCUCGAGAAUCAGCAUAUCGUCGAUUGUCACUGUCCCCCUGGCUGUCCAAGAACGAUACUCCCAGAAACCGCGACAACAUACCAGAACACUCCGAGUCUCGAUAGAUCACAUGUCCCUGGCAACCCGAGUGUUCAGUACUACAGAACCUGGGAACAAGCUUUGGGUAGUCGAUUGGCGCACGCCACCGCCGCUGUCCGACCGUUCCUUCCCUGCACCGAGCAGCCACGGCGACACAUUCCCGAUUUGGCCAUCGUGUCCUCUGCUAUUGGUGCUGAAAGAAGCAUACCAUUAA